GGGGGCCGGGCGCGAGCGCGGGGCUCACUCGCCGCCGGCGCUGACGGCGGAGGGACGCACGCGAGCUGCCGCCCCCGCCCGCCGCCCCAACGGCCGCCGCGCCCCCCCCACGCCGCGCCAUGAAAACCAAGUUCUGUAACGGCGACGCCGACCCGUCCCCGCUCGGGCUCCUCCUUGGCCGCGGGUCCGCCGCGACCGGGCAGCCGCCCUCGCCGCUAGCUCACCCCGACCCUGAGGGGAAGGACCCCACCGUGGCGGGCAGAGGCGUUGGUGUCGCGACCCCGCCCCCGGCGCUGCCUCCGCCGCUCGAGGAGGAGUCGCCGCCGCUCGACCCCCGGACGCGGCGCCGGGCGUAUCUGUGGUGCAAGGAGUUCCUGCCGGGGGCCUGGCGGGGGCUGCGGGAGGAGCAGCUGCGCAUCAGCCCCAUCAGAGGUGGCCUCAGCAACAUGCUGUUUCAGUGCUCGCUCCCUGACACCAUUGAGACAGUUGCCGAUGAGCCACGGACAGUUCUCCUGCGUUUAUACGGUGCAAUCCUGCAGAUGAGGUCCUGUAAUAAGGGAGAGUCUGUACAGUCUCAGAAGGAAAAUGACUUGCAAGGAGCAGAAGCCAUGGUUCUGGAAAGUGUUAUGUUUGCCAUUCUUGCAGAGAGAGCACUCGGCCCAAAGCUGUACGGAAUCUUCCCACAAGGGCGACUGGAGGAAUUCAUUCCCAGCAGGAAACUGAGCACUGAAGAACUAAGCUUACCUGACAUAUCUGCUGAAAUAGCUGAGAAGAUGGCCAGAUUUCAUGGCAUGAAAAUGCCAUUCAAUAAGGAACCUAAGUGGCUUUUUGGAACAAUGGAAAAGUACCUAAAUCAAGUGCUGAGAAUUAAAUUCACCAGAGAAUCCCAAACCAGAAAACUGAACAAACUUCUCAGUUACAAUCUCCCCCAGGAAAUGAAAAAUCUUAGAGCUAUGCUUGAAGCUACUUCUUCACCAGUUGUAUUUUGCCACAAUGAUUGUCAAGAGGGUAAUAUCUUACUUCUGGAAGGCAGAGAGAGUUCAGAAAACCAAAAGCUGAUGCUCAUUGACUUUGAAUACAGCAGCUAUAAUUACCGAGGAUUUGACAUUGGAAAUCACUUCUGUGAAUGGAUGUAUGAUUACUCAUAUGAGAAGUACCCAUUCUUCAAAGCCAGCUUUCUUAAAUAUCCUUCAAAGAAACAGCAGCUUCAUUUCCUCUCCACUUACCUGUCUGCAUUCCAUGAUGGCUUUGAAAAUCUGAGCGAUGAAGAGAAGUCUGAACUAGAAGAAGAAGUGUUGGUAGAAGUUAACAGGUUUGCCCUUGCAUCACACUUCUUCUGGGGUUUGUGGUCUAUUAUACAAGCAAAGAUCUCAUCCAUUGAGUUUGGGUACCUGGAAUAUGCGUUAUCCCGAUUUGAUGCCUACUUUGAUCAGAAGAUGAAGCUGAAGGUGUGAAUGUGGGAGGAGUGGCCUGUUGGUUACUGUAUGAAGAGGGCAGCUGAACAGAACUUUCACUGUGCUUAGGCUACUGUAUCUCUAAUGAAGGUGUCACUGAAUUCCAGUUCGUGGGAAUGCAGGUGUACAGUACUGAGGACUAUAAAAAAUUACUUGUUUACAGUUCCGUAAAUAGUUGGAAUGAGACUGGGAGGCAAAAGUAAAAUACAACCAUGCAAUAUCUAUAAAUCUUUCCAAUCUAGGAGCUAUUUUGUAUUAUGGGAGAAGCUUAAAAUUAGGUGUCAAUGCCACAUGCAUCAGAGCAAACAUGCUGUGGGUACAUUUUUGGGGGAUGUUGGCAUUCUGGUUUGUGUUGUAAGCUGAACAGCUGUAAAAGCUGAUUUGUUGUUGACACUGCCUCUUAAGGAAAAGGAAAAGCGAAGGAGACAACUGCUAAACUGUGAAGUUGGCUUAAAAACUGACUGUGAGUUAGGUUCACAUGCCCCAAGAACACUAUCUUCAAAGCUGCUGAUACCUUACACCACUUUAACCAGAAGCAACUAAACACAUUGAAGCAGUGUGCUUUAAAGUGUGAGUGACGCACACAUGAAUGUUUCUCUUAGGCUGGUGUGCCUGGGAAAUGAAGUAUGAAUGAGCUUUGAACUGGACAUUUUGAAGGAGUUUGUUUUGAACCGUUUGUUCCAUGUCAUUCAAGAAUAUGCUUUAGCCCAGCCUGGUUCUCUUAAAAUGCUGUGAUCUGCACAGUGGGUUCUGUGGGCUGGCAGCACUGGGAAGAGUGCCUUGAAUUGCUCUAGCAGCUCCCCAGGUAACUGGAUUGGCAUUGACAGUACUGGUAAUUGAGGCCCAUCUCUCUUCUCGUGUUGCCACAGUAUAUGGCUGUAAUAAAUAGAGCCAAAGACUGUGGAGAGCACUUCAGGAAGUUGCUGUUCUGCCCAUCCAGUUCUUAUGUGGCUUGAGAGGUGCUUUUAUUGCACCUUCAAUUCUCAUCAUGUUCCAGGAAUCCAGUAAAGUGGAGCAUCUUGUGGGGAACAAUAACAUGUAUAUUGAAACUUGAGUAUAAUCUGUGUACAUGCCAUCUAAAGACUUCUUUUGAUUUUUGGGAGCUUGUUUAUUUUGAAUGUUAUUUGUUUGUGCUUUCUAACACACUGUAUUAUAAACAAACUUGUAAGUUUACCCUUUUUGACUUGUAUAGCAAGUACUGUUUGAAGAGGCUGAAAAAAUGUGCAGCAUUUCAUGUACUGUAUAGCAGAACUUGUAAAAGCUGUCAUGUUACUCUCUUGUACAGAGAAUCAUUUUCCAUACAUUCAGUUAUUAAUACUUUAUAAUAAAUAUAAAGCACUUAAAAACACU